UUACAGACCGAUCUUUGCGGGACAAUUUAUGUGGAAGUCAUGAAGACACCUGUUCUUUUCCUCUUUGUUCACUUUUGGCUCCCUCUCCUGGGCAAAGCAGCACCAAAACGCGAGUGGAUUGAGCUCUCAUACCAAUUCAACAGUGAGACCAUUUACUGGCCUACUUCCUUGGCUUUCAAGCACAUCAGACUAAGCGAAAAUUUUAUCGCCGCUGGUUUCUAUUAUUCAGCGUAUGACAUCAGUGCUGCUGAACAUGGGGGAACCCAUAUUGAUUCUCCGAGACACUUUGCUGCAAAUAGGUGGACCACUGACCAGAUACCUUUAGAUCGGCUCAUUGGACCUGCCAUAAAGAUAGAUAUGUCCUCCAAAGCAGCCCAGGUAAUGGUUCUUCUUCAAUUUGGGAAUGCUGUAACCCAGUACUAGUUAUGAUCCUAGCCUGUGCAAUUUAGUCAAACCUCCUUUUUUUUCUCUUUUUUUGGGCGACUAAAUUUUAGUUAGUUUCUACGCAAUCUUGCAGUAAGCCGAUAAAAGAAACGAUAACAUCCCAAAAAUAGUCGCAUAGUGGACUUCAGCGCAAAACUGAUCCCGUCUCCAUGCGCGAUUAUGCGCAACCUCAAAUGUAGCUAAAGCAAAUUGUGAAGAGUCAAUUAUAGUCGCAGAAACAUGGCGCACCUCGAGCUCCCAGAAACCUGUCUAUCAAAGUGCCCUAUUAUUCACAGACCCGCCGUAAAACCAAUCGAUGAUUUGUUCCUCAGAACCGUGAUUACCAGGUGAUGCCGAGUGACUUAGAAGCCUGGGAAGAGAAAAACGGAAAGAUUCCUGAUGACAUCAUAUUGCUUCUGUUUUUUGACUGGGGAAAGCGUUGGCCAGAUAAACUAACUUACCUCGGUACUGACACGAAUGAUUUGUCCUUGCUGCAUUUCCCGGGUAAGUUAAUCUAUACCAUCACUUCAUUUUUUUUUCUUUGUUCUCUGAAGGUGUUACCGGUAUCCACUCCAAACUUCGGCUUGGGUUGAUAACACACUCCUCCCUUCCUCGCUGUACGUGCAUUAUUCUUCAUCCUGCACAACUCGCCCAUUUUUUGUUUUAUCUUUUAAUUCAAUGUUAAUGAGACAAUCGCGUGGAAGAUGCGCGUUGGGGAGAUGAAAAGGGGGUUUCUUUCAUUUCCCACUCUUUCCUUCCCAUGGUCCUAUUCGCUAAGAUGCCGUAAUAGUCCUCCGCGAGCCUUCCGUGGCCGCUUACAAAUAACAUGAAAGACGACUGGGGACGAGUCAACUUCAUCAGUACACGUCAUCAUCAUCUCUUCCCCUCCCCCUCCCCUCUUUCUUUUUAGGCUCUCGUUGAAUUUUUCGCGCUGUAAAAGCAAAAAUCUCGUUUCUCAUAGUCAGCCUCAUACAAAUCAUCGUCAGUAAAGUUACGUAGGUACAAAAGCCAAUUUAGAUUUCUUUGUUCCAUGAUGAUUUCUUUGCUUUUUAGACUACUUGUGUACACAAUGUGAAUACCAUUCCUUUUCAACACUUUCAACGUUGUGCACUGUCAGGGCUCCUGGUACAAUCAACUGCUGUCGACUAAGUAAUAAACAAACUCAUGAAACAAAAAAAACUGUUGGGCCCUUAUAUCCAUUGAACUUCUGCACAAAAGCUUUGUCCAAAUUAAUUGUAUAUCAUUUAUACCUGAAGUCUUUUUUGUAUGUUUGCGUGCAGGGAUACACCCUAAUGCCUCCCGUUGGUUGGUAAAGAAUCGCAAGAUCAAGUUGAUUGGUGUAGAUACAGCAUCUAUCGACUUCGGACAAUCGACGCUUUACGAAUCACAUCAAAUUCUUUACGAGAGGAAUAUUCCUGGUCUAGAAAAUGUCGCCCACAUGGACAAGUUACCCAUAAAAGGCUUCACGUUGUACGCAGCUCCAAUGUUUAUCACUGGUGGUAGCGGAGGGCCUUGCAGAAUCUUUGCUCGUCUGGAUAAAACUGUGAAUCCUGCAAUCAGGGAUGACGAACUUUGA